UGAGAUAAACUUCUCCUCAAUAUGAUUGGUUGUGAUUAUUUCAGGAAAUGCAGUCAUGAUAGAAUAUUUUUCAGUAAGUGGAUUGUUCUUAUAUUGUAACGUGAAGGCAUAGGAAAAUUAUAAAGCAAUUUACAUAAAUAAAAUUAAAUUAUAUUGGUCAUCCAUUUUGUAGGUAAAAAAAUAUGUAGUGAUAUUAUUUACGUUGGCGGUUUUGAUAAAACUAACGCGUUGUAUGAAGGUGUAUGAUGAGAUCGACUUAAAUAAAUAUUGCUCGGAUGAUAAAUUAUGCUCUCAGACUGAAAGCGGAGGCCCACAUAUCAUUUGUCAUUACUUGGAUAUAGAACCUAAGGCAUGCAUGAACUUCAGAGCGUAUGACUUGACGAAAAAGCAUGUUACAAACAUCUUGAAUCGUUUCAAUGUGUUAAGGGCGAAAGCAGCAAAUGGCGAGGCAUUGGGAAAGGAUGGAGUAUUUCUACCGAGAGCUUAUGGCCUCAUGCGAGUGUUCUGGGACAGUGAAUUGGCAGGGAUAGCGAAACUAAUAACUUCCACGUGUAUUAAAGCUCAUCAAUACGAUUGUGUUGCUACUACGAAGUUUCCGAAUCCUGUAAUGGCAUAUUUACAUCAGAAUAUUACGAGCCAGCCCUCAGACCCUGAACAACUGAUUGAGUCUCUAAUGCAAGUCUGGCUUGACGCAAAAGAUGAAGUUUCACCGGCCAUGUUAGAAAAAUGUCCAAGUUUUAAAAGCGGAAUCGCCAGACGUCAUAUCAAGAUGCUGAUGAACAACUUGACGCACGUUGGCUGCGCAUUCGGUGUCUACUAUGCCGUAAAACAUACCAAGGCAGCCCACUUGACUUGCUACCUGUCCUACUGGACGCCUGAAGGAGAACCAGUGUACGCGACCGAGGCCCCGGACCCCGGCAGUGGCUACAGCGAAGAGUGUGGCUGUCCUCCUAAUUACAAGGAGUCUGAAGACUGCCUUUGUGUGCCUGGAUCAAGAACUCCUGAUAGAAACGCAAAAGAGUCCAUUAGUUCUGAAUUUAAUAGAAUCUGGAGUGCCCCCAGAGAGGCGAUCAACUCAUUGCUGGCAGAGGUUUCACAAUCAAUUGAGGAGGCAACAGAAAUUGCAGAAACGCAAAAGCGUACAGAAGGAACUGCAACAACCAGAUCCCGAACGAGAAAACUACCCUCCUUUACUAUCGAGCCUAAAUGCGGCAAAACUGCAAUAAACUCCACAGUUAUUGUGUUGCCACUAUUUAAAUUAGUGGAUGUAGAUCUACAUGGGAAAACAGUAGAUUUUAAUGGCAAAAUAGAAAAUUUACAGGGGAAAACCAAAGAUGACAAAGAUAGCACUCGCAGCUUAACUUCUGACAACAACGAUGUUUAUGUUGAACGAAAUGCAGAAAACAUGAACGAUUUAUUCAAUUCUCUAAAUAAUAAUGAGGAUGCAGUUGCACCUCAUAUCAUAGGAUCUGAAUUAUAUCCCAAUGUCAUUAAAUUCAAAAAACAAGAAGAAUUUGUUCCUACGACAAAAUAUUCCUAUAACAUUCCUACGACAAGAUAUUCCUAUGACAUUCCUAUGACAAAAUAUUCCUAUAACACUGCCACGGAAAAAUAUUCCUACAACAUUCCUACGACAAGAUAUUUCUACAACACUCCAACGAAAAAAUAUUCCUAUACCACUGCUACGACAAGAUAUUCCUAUGACAUUCCUACGACAAAACAUUCCUAUCACAUUCCUACGACAAGAUAUUCCUAUCACGUUCCUACGGCCAUCAUUAACAAAAAACCAUUGGUUAAAAAAAGUCCGAUUCCAACAAAUGGAAAAUCGUGUCCUAUAAGGCAAAAUGAUCCUAAAAAACAAAAAAAACAAGAGCUUAUGAACCUGCUGGAUGUUUUGAUAGAGAAAGGAAAGAAUGUCACACUCGGCAAAGAUGAAAUUGGCAAGUUUGAGAAACAAAUGAGAAGGAUUUAUGAGAUUGGGUUACGCAAAAAAUCGCCGUCGAGUAACAACCACAACAAUUAAAAAUCGAUUUGAAGUUAUCGAUUUCCGAUAGACUAAUCGACUAAGUAUCAUAUUGUCUUCUUUCUCAGAAAACUAAAGCCUGUGUAACCAGUGAUUAUAUUUUAAUGGUGUAGGUGUAAGCUAUAAUUUUGCAAAUGACAAUAAAACAAUAACAAUUCCAACUAUCAUUUAUUCUAACAAUAAAUUAAUCCCACCCGAGGGUGCGUAAAAAUACAAAUUUAUCAGAACAAAUGAUUUGACGGUAACAAUAAAAAAUACAUUGUUAAAUACAACAAAAUUUCGAAAUCUUGUGCAUUAAGUACCAAUGUGUACAUUUUCGCAAACUAGCCUACAAUUAGGAAUUAUGCAAAUUCAAAAUUAGUUCCAGCCAUUCAUUUGUCUACUUUCAAAAACGCAUUUUAUAAUCAAAUGAAUGAUCAGUAAUAUCAGUUUGCAGAUUUAUGCUGAUUCCUAACUGCAGACUAGCUGACAGCUCUUUAAUAACAUUGCCGAGAAAAUAAAUAAAAGCGCGGGAUUUCUCCGAGUUAUAGUGGUACAAAGAAUGCAAAAACGGAGAUCCCCGCAAAAAUAAUACUCAGGUCUAUUACUAAAACUAAUUCUAGCGUAGUAAUUUAUCGAUAAAUGUCUCCCUAGGCGAAUUUACUUUUGGCGGUCAGAUUUGAUAGCCCAGAUUUGCUUGAUCAUGUUGGCAAUGCCGACGUCGUGGCUGAUGAUGUAGAACAGUCCACCGAGGGUAGCAAUGGAGAUGAGGUACACGAGCCCGAGGGCAAUUUUGGGAAGGAUUGGGCCUACAACACUAGCUCGGACGUAAUCUAUUGCGAUCGCUUCCAAACCCC